GUUCGACAUUCCUAGACCUCAGCCUUGCUUCUUUGUCUGUCAUUGAACUUGUUCAAGUUUGCUGAAGAUAACGUUGUGCUUGUUCUGCUGUGCUAAGUACUUUAUCGGUCUUAUAAACCCAGCGUCCAUCCAUUAAGGCAGCCUCCGGCGGAGGCUACAACCACCCAAGCCUCUCUUUCGGCUGAGAGUCUAUCCCCCUCUUUCAAGAGACUUUUUUCAACAGAUUUUCUCUGAUCCUCUCAUUUUUCAUCAAACCUUCUUCUCACGUUUAUUAAGAUAGCUAACAUGGACCCAAACGAUUUGCAUGAUGCAGACCUUAGAGCAGCCAUUGCCGCUUCUCUGGCCGAGGCGGGCUACCAGGCCGACCAACCCAGCAGGUCCCAGAAGACUCAGUUUGUUGACCUUACCGCCGACUCAGACUCGGACGAUGUUGUACCCGUCUUUCCAAAGUCGCGGUCCGUGAUCGGCUCCGACACUGAAGAAGAUGAGUAUGAUGAAGAUAACGAUGAUGAUUUUCGGAGAGCCAUCGCUUUGUCGAUGCAAGAUACUGACGCACAAAGCUCGGAUGGUGCCUUGGAGUCCUCACAGAGCACUGAGUCAGAAGAGGGCCAGAGUCAGGACACCGACUCUCCCUCGGUGACAGAGGUCGAGAAUAAAGCUAGCGACCAGGAACCGGCCAGGCCUAUGGGUAUCCUAGGCCUGGACAGGAAACGAAUGGAGCAAGAGCGCCUCGCACGACUGGCAAAGAGAAAAGCUGAGGACACUACCUCGAUUGACCAGCGGGCGACUAAGCAAUCGAAAACCGAGCUAGCUCCCAAGCCUUCCGUUUUUGGACCAAAGGGAGCUCCUAGUUAUGUGACUGCGGCGUCCCAGACUAGAAGCUCUAGCUCGACGCCAUCCACAGCCCCGUCUAUCCAGUAUCCAGAGGGUGUCGUCAAAAAGACAUGGGCCCUCGGCAGUGGUCGACAGGGCGAUGACAUCAAAAUUGGGGAAGUCCUCCAGAAGUCCGAUCUAGAGCUUGCUGUUCUGAGUUCCUUCAUGUGGGAGAUGGAUUGGCUUUUUUCAAAGAUGGACAUCGGACGUACUCGAUUUAUUCUGAUGAUGCAGGCCAAGGAUGAUGCUACGAAGCGUCAGUAUGAAACGGAAACGACUUACAUGCCCAAUCUACGCCUGUGCUUUCCCCCUAUGGACGGCCAGGUCAAUUGUAUGCACUCGAAGUUGAUGUUACUCUUUCACCCUGAGUAUCUUCGCAUCGCGAUACCAACGGCCAACCUAAUUCCAUUUGACUGGGGCGAGAAGAGCGGAGUGAUGGAGAAUAGCGUCUUUCUGAUUGACCUUCCCAAGAGGAGGAAUAUGCUCUUGAACAGACAGCCAAACACACGUUUCUACGAAGAGCUGGUCUAUUUCCUGGAGGCCAGCGAUCUCCAUGAAAACGUCAUCGCCAAAUUAGAUAAUUUCGACUUCACCAAGACCGCUAAAUACGCAUUCGUCCACACCAUCGGUGGCACACAUACAGGUCUCAGGUGGAAAAGAACGGGCUACCCCGGCCUAGGCAGUGCAAUAGAGAGGCUAGGACUCCGAACGUCCAACCCGGUCAAUGUCGACUUUGUCACCUCUUCCGUCGGCGCUCUCACGGACGAGUUUCUCCGCACUAUAUAUCUGGCCUCUCAAGGAGACAACGGCCUAACCGAUUUUACCCUCCGAACCACGAAAACCUUCCCUGCCCCGCGACGCGACGAUCCGUCCACCAUCAUCGCGAAAGACACAGCCGCCGAAUGGAAAGACCGUUUCCGAGUCUACUUUCCUUCUCGGGAUACUGUAAACUCAUCGAAAGGCGGUCCCCGUUUCGCAGGCACGGUCUGCUUCCAGAAAAAGUGGUACGAGAGCGAAAAGUUCCCACGCCAUGUGCUCCGUGACUGCGAAAGCCAGAGACACGAUCUGUUGAUGCAUAAUAAGAUUCUCUACGUCCGUCCCGACGAACCGAUUUCUCUAUCAGACACUACACAAUGUCGGGCUUGGGCUUAUGUCGGAAGUGCCAAUUUGUCAGAAAGUGCUUGGGGCCGUCUCGUUCAAGACCGCACAACUAAAGCCCUCAAACUCAACUGUCGAAACUGGGAGUGCGGUGUCCUAGUCCCCGUCAUCGAAAACAAAAAUUCUAGCCCAAAACCCGGGGUCGAGAAUAAGGACGAUGCCCACAACAAACCCGGAACAGCCAAAGCCACAGCCAAAGGUAAAGAAAAGAUGUCCGAGUCAUCAUCGUCAUCUGCAUCGAAUGACGACGGCGCUAACCUUGCGGCUGCGUUCGGGGAUACUAUCCCGGUUCCGAUGAGUGUUCCUGGGGCUCGGUUUGGAGGGGCCCGGAAACCGUGGUUCUUUAUGGAGACUUGAUCUGAUCGAAUUUGAUUUGAUUCAGAUGAUGGAUUGGUAUGGUCUUGAUUAAGAGGAAGGAGGGACUUGGAUGAUUUGUUGAUUAGUUGGUUGAUGGAAGCAAAUAAUCAUGAUACGAAUGGAUAUGAUAGGACAAAGCUAAGCUAAGAUAAGAAUAUGAUAAUGAAAUUGAAUACUUCAUGAG